UGGAAAACGCUGGCAGAGCAGCGUUUUCAGUUGAAUUUUCGUGUGAUAUUUGGGAUAUUAAAUAGUGAAAAAGUGCUAAUUUGUUGUUGCAAACGCUAAACACAAACUCUAAAGUUAAAGAAACACAAAACAAAAUGUUAUAAACGACUCGAAGUGCAGUAGACAAACAUUGUUCUACUCUUCCACAUAACGUACUCACCAAUACACACAUAACACGGGCACGCAUACAUACGCGCUAGUGUGUGCUGCCGCAGUGUCAACAGCUGCCGCUCUGCCCCUCUCCCAUUCUACUUGCCAGUAUCCCUGCCUAAGCGGCAGCGGUGGUGGAGGGUUCCUGCAGUCAAAAUGUCGGACAUUAACGACGAUUUGCUCAAUUAUGAGCUUGGGUUGGGUGAUGAUGAUGAUCCGACACUGCUUGGCGCCGACGAGGAUGAGCUGCUGCUUUCCGACGAGGAACUGGAAAAGGAUGUAACCAAUGAGGUUAAGCAACAGAUGCGCGCUGAAGCCGAGGAAUGGGCGCAAGAACAGCUGCGCAAGCAUAAGGAGCAAGCGACCAGUGCUGCGCGCAAGCGUGCUCUAGAGAGUCCACCUCCAGCAAGUGGGUCUAGCCAAUCCGAUGCAGCAGCAGCUGCUGCUAAGACGUCCAUAAGCGAAGAGCCAGCUCGAACACAGAAAUCAGAGAAGGCAGCGGGCAGUGUUAAGAAGACGCCGCCGCAGGAUGACCUGGACGAGCUGACGGAGGAAGAAAGCCAACAAAGUGUCAACAAUGGCAACAAUGCUCACAGCGAAGCGGAGGCUGAGCCGGACACCGAAACAGAAGCUGACGGUGAGGGCCUGUCCUCUAUAUUGGCCUCCUCGCAGGAGAGUCUGCCCAGUGCCAGCUCCAUCUUGGAUCUGCGCGACGACGAUGAAGAGCGCGAAGAGCGCACCAAUUUGAAAACAGCCAGUGAACGCGUCGAAGUCAACAGUCACAAUCAACAAUCCCAGCACACAAUGUCCGCAAUGCUACCAAGGCGACAUCAUGCAGAUAAGCUGCGUAUGGGUGCAGCUGGUGGACGCUUUAUGUCCGGUGGCCAUGGCAACAACAACAAUAACAACAAGCAACAGCAGCGGUCUAUAAUGGGCGUGCGUCAGCACCUGUUACGCAGUCCCGGUGCGCACAUGUUCAAUGCAGGAGGCGGUCAACGUGCCAUGCUAGGCAGCGGCGGAAUAGGCGGCGGCAUGGUCAUGCAACGAUUUGGCAUGCAAUCCGGUAAUACUCCCAACCAUGCUCAGCAGCAGCAUCAUUUGGCCAGCUUAAUGGCAGCGCCAUCGCUUGUUGCGACGCCAGUGGCAACUGCUUGUCUGCUUGCCACAGCUAGCAACUUGCAACAGCAUCAGCAACAACAACAACAGCAACAACAACAACAACACCAACAAACAUUAACACUGAACAAUACUACAUUCAUUCCAGGUCCCUAUCCCAACACAGCGCCCACACAAACACAACAACAACAACAACAGUCGCCAUACACAACAAACAGCGCUGGUCCUGGUCCCGGUCCCGGAUCCCUAGCCGCAUCCAAUCUCUCCCCGCAUUUACACAGCAACAACGGCAGCAAUCCCAACAACAACAAUGCCAAUGGCCAUCCGCACUUGUUGCCACAUCCGCAUGGCCCCCAUCCGCAUGGCCACGGUCAUCCGCAUAUGCAUGAUCAGGUGCGCGUUGGUCUGCUGCAGCCGCCACUGUCAAUGGCGCUGCCCUAUGCCAAUGCUGCCUAUCGCAAUGGCGUAAUGCUUGGUCCAGGACUACAUCAGCACCCGCACGCGCCCCCUUGCGCUACCCUGCGUCCACUGCAUCCAUAUCGCAAUGGGCCGCCCGGCUAUGGGCCCGGGAACAUUGCCGGCCCCGCCGGCUACGAUCAACACAUGGGCGCCCCCGGCUUCAUGCGGCCGCACAAUGGCUGGCGGCCACAGAAUGAGGCGCCCGGCUCGCGCAUGCCACGCCCGCCGCUGCAACAGUUGCCGCCGCACCUAAUGUCCGGCGGUCCGAGCUAUGGCAAUGGCAUGAACAUGCGUGGACCAGCGCCGCCAUCAGCCCAAGCACAUGCCAUAGCGGUGGCGCAGGCUCAGCUUGUGGCACAGGCCUCGGCAGCAUCGCCCGUAACACAGCAAGGCGUCGUAACAGCAACAAGCGUGCCACGUGGCGUUGUGAGCAAAGUGCUCAUAAAUCCCAACUUCAAGGGCGGCGUCGAGGCGGCCACCAACAAGUUCAUUAAGGAAACGCACUUUGUGCCCGCCAUCAACAGCGAGGCAGAGCUGAUGCGUCAGCAGGAGGAGUUUAUCAACAAGAAUCGGCAGUACUUUGAGAAGCGGCGCAUGGAACGCUCACCGCCUCCCUCGGGCUCAAAUUCAACGGCAGUCGCAGGCGCUGGACGCACACGCAGUCGCAGUCGUUCCCGUGGUCGUAGCUACUCGCCGCUGAAGCGCGACAGAGACCGCGAGCGCGACCGUGAGCGUGAGCGCGACAGGGAACGUGAUCGGGAGCGCGACAGGGAACGUGAACGCGGCGCCGCUGCCCGUGGCUCGACCGGCACUGGACCUGGAGGCGCCAAUCGUAGCUAUAGACGCGCUGCCGGCAGCAGAGAGCGCGAUGAGAAUCGCGGCAGUGGAGCUGCAGCUGCAGCGCCCAAGCGUCGACGCAGCGGCUCUCCAGGCGCACCAGUGCGUAAUCCCUUCUCUGGGGAGCCACGCAGUCGAGCGCAGGAGAGCAGCGCCAGUGGCAGCCGUAAUUUGCCCAGCGACGAGGAUGAGGAGACGCGUGCCUAUCGCUUGGAGAUCGAGAAGCAAAAGCAGCUGCGAGAGAAAAUAUUGCGUGACAAGGAGCUGAAACGCCGGCGCGCUGCUGAGGAGAAAUUGCAUGAAGAUAGGCGUGGCGAGCAUCAUAGUCCGCCGCCUAAAGAGGAACAGGAGCUAGGGUCGGGCACUCCGCCGGGCAGCGCACAAAAGUCGCAGUCCCGCCAGGCGGCAGCAACCAGCAAGGUAAUCUCGAUAAAGCGACGCGACGAAGUCGAGCGUGGAAAGCACCAAGCGGGCGUGGCAGCAGCAGCAACGGGACGCAAACAGCUAACAGCAGCCAAGAUAGCGCCAGAGGCAAAGCGCAGCAUAACCGAUCACUUGGCGCCCUCCAGCAAGCAUCAGCAGCACCAACAACAGUCGGCAGCGACGCUUGCGAGCCGAACGGCGGCAGCAGACGGUGGCACCCCGCCCACUACAAGUGGUGGCGGCAAAGGGCGUGACACGUACUUUAACACGUUAAGCGACGAUGAAGUGGAGCUUGACUAUGAUGAUGAUGAUUUGCUGCUGGACGAGGAAGAUCGACUGUUGGCCACGCCUUCGCCGCCAGCAACUGCGACGCGUGCAGCCAAACGUUCUGCCACGCCAGAGCUCGUGGUGGUCAAGCACAAAGUGGUGCGUCACCCUCAGCCUCAACGUCGUGUGGUACUCAAGCCCACCAGCAAUGGCAAUGGCAAUGGCAACGGGAACGACAACAGCAGCGAGCAGCAGUCCAGCGGCAGCAACAGCAACAGGCUGCGGGAGCGACGACAGCGCGAGGAGCAGCUGGCGCAGCGGAAAAGCAACAGCGCUGGAUCUGGAACAUCAGGCAGUCCGAACAUCUUUGAGCGUCUGGAGAAGCGACAAACAAGCGCCGCUGCCGCCGCCGCUAGCAGCAACAAGCAGCGCAGCAAGGCGCCCACAAGAAUUGUGUUAAAGCACGAUUAAGAUCCAUGCCCCUCCCCCCAAUCCCUUAGGGGCUGCUUAGCCAGCAGUCGCUCGUUCGAACCUUAUUGCUUAAUAUUCAAUUAAUUAUUUUUGAGUCUUUAUUAUAACUAAAGCGGCUGCUGCUGCUGCCGCUGCUGCUGUUGCAGUUGAUCCUUAGAAUGUUUUGUAUACUAUACCAACCUAUACCUAUAAACAUAUAUAUUAUGAAUAACAAAUUAUUUAAACACACACAUACAUACAUAAAGAGCAAGUUAUACUAUAAAGGUUUGACUAUUUAGCAGCAAAAUUUAGGCUUAAGCUGGAAAGUUGCCCAUGAAAGUUUUUACAACAACAGCAUACAUAUAUAUAUAUAUACUAUAGUG